AUGACCUCUUCUACAUCUGCCGGACUGACGGCCAAGCCUUCCAGCGACAAGCCUUCCUCCAACAACACGAAAGAUCAAUCUGAGAGCUCGAGCGCUGGUGACAACACCGAGAACAAGUUGACCAUGAUUGAUGGCCCGAACGUCGACCUCACGGACUCCAGCGCUGUGUUUAAUACCGCCGCUCGCGGGCCAGCCAACAACCUUCAAAUUGCUGACGCUCCCAUCGCUGCUCCUACCACUGGGGUCAUCGUCUUUUCAUCCGGAGCAACCAAGUACAUCAUCAAGUUUCCCGACCAUGUUAAGACAGCCCCGGUGGUUACGCCGGCGGUCAAGGAGACUCAAGCGAUCAAGGCAGAAGUCUUCACUGCGGCAUGCGGCCUGGUUGCACUUGUUCUCAGCAACUUCGCGCUCGAGUCUUGUGAACCGCGAUCCCAAGACUAUGGCACCGAGUCGACCAUCCUCAUCCUCUUCCGCCGCCUGUUGUCAAUCUGCGGUGUCACUGGCCUGCUGGUGUUGUGCAUGUCCUUGGCGAGGAUGGAGAUGAUGUUCAUCGAUGCCAUCGUGGCUAGUGCGUUCGGCAAGGCUGCAUAA